AUGAAGUGCUCCGCCCGCUGGCGUCACCGUAAGAGGGAGAUUAUAAGGCUGGAUGACAGCCCUAGCAAGACCCGCGCCGAUGGCGCAGAUGCGUCGUCCCAAGAUCUCGCGCGCGAGCGGGAAGAGAGGCGGGGCCGGAGCCAGCGCUAUGGAGAUGAUGAGCUGGAUGACAGCCCUGGCGAGACCCUCGCCGAUGGCGCAGACGCGUCGUCCCAAGAGCUCGCGCGCAAGCGGGAAGAGAGGCGGGGCCGGAGCCAGCGCUUUGGAGAUGAGGAGCUGGAUGACAGCCCUGGCGAGACCCGCGCUGACGGCGCAGAUGCGUCGUCCCAAGAGCUCGCGCGCCAGCGGGAAGAGAGGAGGGGGCGCAUCCAUCGCGUCUCUCCGCUCGAUGCAGAUGACGAGACGCUGGGUGCGAAGAAGCGGGAGGGCAACGCUGGCUCCCGUGCCGUGGGCGCAGAUGCAUCGUACCAAGACCGCGAGCGCGAGCGUGAAGAGAGGCGGGGCCGGUUCCAGCGGGAUUCUCCGCGCGAUGCAGAUGAGCAGCUGGAGGGCAACGCUGGCUCCCGUGACGUGGGCGCAGAUGCAUCGACGUGUUGGGAAGAUCAUGGCAGUCUGCCGUGUGGCGGUUGGUGGCGGCACCGGGUUUCAUUCUUCCCUGCCAGAGUUCCAGCAUCUGAGUAUCUUGGGUACCGAACUGUCUGGUCCUUGGUCCUGUCGAGAAAGCUCCCACCCAUGAACCGCAGGUACCAAGACCGCGAGCGCGAGCGUGAAGAGAGGCUGCUUGGUCUGGACUCGCACUGCCGUCGCUUGCAGGCCUGA